AUGGGUAAUGAUGGUGGCAGUAUCCCGGACAGGCGCGACCUUGUCCGCACCAAAGCAAAGGCUGAACAAGCGGACAAAGCGAACCAAACCCGCGCCCGCUGGUUCUUCUGCGCGCUCUCCAAGCGGCGCCUCGAAGAACCCAUCGUCGCCUGCCCUCUAGGCCGGCUCUUCAACAAAGACGCUCUGCUCGAGUUCCUGCUCGACCGCGCAAGCUACGGGGCAGACGGCGCUGCGGUUGCGGGGCACAUCCGCUCGCUCAAGGACGUCAAGGAGCUUAAGCUGACCGCGAACCCAGCGACGAAGGGCAAGGGCAAGGGGAGGGGAGAGGGCGAGAACGAGGAGACGCCGAAGUUCGUGUGCCCGCUCACGUUCAAGGAGAUGAACGGCGCGCAGCCUUUCGCGUACCUCGCGCCCUGCGGCUGCGUCUUCUCCCUUUCGGGGCUCAAGUCCCUCUCAUCUGCGAAGGAGAAGGAGCCAGGGAAAGAGGGCAGCACCACCCCAGAGAAGGACGAAGAGCAGCUCGAGCUCUGCCCGCAGUGCGGCGCCAAGUACUCCAAGUCCACCGACAUCAUCCCGCUCAACCCCUCGCCGGACGACGAGUCCCUUCUCCGCGCGCGCAUGGAGGCCAAGCGCGCCGCCGAGCCCAAGAAGUCCAAGAAGCGCAAGGCUGCCGAUCCCGAAUCCUCUGACCCGCCAAAGAAGAAGAAAUCAUCGCCCACGGCAGCGCCGACUGUCAACCCCAACAUCGCAGCGACGAGCCGCGCGGUGGUGACCAGCCUCGCGCUCGAGGAGGCUAAGCGCAAGGCGGGCAUGAGCGACGCCGUCAAGUCGCUCUACGGCGAUCCGUCGAAGCCGAAGCAGAAGGAGACGUUCACGACCAUGGGCACGUUCACGCGGUACGCUUGA